AUGGGCUCGGGCUCCAUUACCAUCCGCUCCACAAUGCUUGUCGUAACCGCCUGGCUCCUCCUCUUCCUUGACGUGGUCGACUCGGCCAUUCUCCCCCGUCAGAACGAAACCUGCCCUGCUGGCGAAACUUGGUGCGAGUAUCUGAGCUGGGACCACAUGUGGGACGCGGGAUGCGUUAAUCUUGAAACCCACUACCUCAACUGUGGGAGCUGUGCCAACUCGUGCGAGACGCCUUCCCAGUCCGACACCAUCUGCGUGAACGGAGAGUGCAUCUGCUACAAUUCUGGCCGACCAGACUGCGGUCUCCCGAAUGUCAUCUGCCCUGACCCCAUGACCGAUCGGAAUCACUGCGGAGGUUGCAACUUGAAGUGCGGCGAACAGGAAAUCUGCAAGGACGGCGAAUGCAUAGCUUGCACGCCAACGCUUGCUUCGGGUCCCGUCUAUAUGUCCGGCAUCCCCGUUUGCCCGCAAUGA